AUGGACUUGCCGCCUGUGCAUCCUGGACCAACCUCAGAUCAGAUAUUAGUGUUACAGGGCGAACAUAGGUCCGCCUACAUAUGGGAGGGACAUCUAUUGGAUCAGAGUCUCCAUGCCAGGAGACCGGACUACUUGUGGGACUUUUUGAGGCAGAGAGAUUUACAUCCCCACGUAGUCCAUCGCCUGUGUGCUACGGUCUUCCUUAGGAUUUUUGAGAUUGGGCGGCUGCAGCUCGACUGGUCUCUCAUCACGGCGUUGAUAGAGCGAUGGCGAUCAGAGACGCACACUUUUCACCUUCCCACUAGAGAGGCCACCAUCACGCUUCAGGAUGUUCAGGUUUUAUAUGGGCUUCGUGUUGAUGGACUGGUCGUUGCACUGCCCCAGUAUAUGAGAGCUAUGACGCGUGCCCAAUAUUUGGAUUUGCUGGGACAGUAUACUGGUUUCAGGCCACAGGGUGAGGCUGUAAUUAGAGAGGGCAGUCGCAUUUCUGUGAUAGCUAUCAGAGAGCAUAUGGAGGUAUUGCACCCCGACAUUACUGGCGAGACAGAGGAUCUCCAUAUUUACCGGUACACGAGGUUGGCUUUGUUCCUUAUUUUUGGGGGUGUGUUGUUCCCGAACACUUCGGGAAAUCUAGUGAUUAUGCGCUUUCUACAUCAUAUCCAACAGCUAGAUGAGUUACCCCAGUAUAGCUGGGGUGCUGCUGUUCUAGCCUACCUGUACAGGAGUAUGUGUCGGGCUAGCAUGGGCAUCCAGUGGAUCCUGCCGUUGCAGCCAUCUCUACCACCAUUAGAGCCGGGUGUACCACCUCCGUUUCUCCCUCUAGCUAGGAGGUGGGUUCUUUGGCGUGGGAACUACCGAGGCAUUGACGCUCAUCAUAAUCUCCCCCUUGUCAGGGAUGUCUUGGAUAUGCUGGAGGCCGCACAGUUCAUCUGGACUCCAUACAACGACAAGUUGCUAGUUGAUCUGCCCGAUUAUUGCUCGGUCGACCGACAGCUUUGGAGCACUUCCGUCCCGCUGAUGUGCCUCGAUGUUGUGGAGCAUCAUGCCACAGAGUGGGUACUUCUCCAGUUUGACCGUCCCCGGACUAUACCGAGGGAUCCUGGAUGGGUGGCUACUCAUUAUCAGCGGGAUGAUCAUUUGAGGGUGGACGACGCAUUUGUAGAAUGGCUAGAGGCGCAGGUCCUUAUUUGGGAGCAGCGAGAGGAUUUGAUUCCGCCACCACCUUCACAAAUCCAGGCGGCGACUAUUGAGCUCUAUAUGUCAUGUACAACUGUCACACCCGACUGA